AUGGAUCUUGCCUCCGUCAAACUUUGUGUGAAGAGAACCAUCGAGUCUGGUAUGGUGGUUGGAGGACAACUGAAAUGGAGUGUCGAAAGUCAUCGCGCACCAUCAGCGCUCAGGAAGACCCCCCUCUCAGGCCAAUUACCCUCAAACAAAGAAUUGGCCUCUGAGGGCUCAGAAGCACGUAGAGGCGCUAGGCCUAAGGUGGCAUCCUCCAGGCUCCUCAAGGAUGUUGUACUCCGCCAUCACUCCCAAGGGGGUAGCGGGACGUGGAUCCCGAACCAAGGUUACACCACUCUCGACGCCUCGGAUUCUUGCGACGCGGCUGGCCGUGGUGGAUCCCUCACGAGUACCCUAUAG